AUGCCCAAAGGAAGAAGAAACAAAAGGUAUGCCAAGAAGGGCCACGGGUGCAUCCAGUCUAAAUGCACUAGCUGUGCUUGCUGCUUCCCCAGAGAGAAGAUGUCUGAAGCCUCCAUCUGUGAUUGGUAUGUGCUGCCCAAGCUGUGCUUGAAGCUGCAGUAUGUCCUUAGCUGA